AUGAAAAUCAGAUUCGAUCCUGAACAAGGUCUGUUAUUGAACAAAGCCGCCCACCACGGCCAGGUCGACAUAGUCCGAUUUCUACUCGAUAACCAACCACGAUACGCCAGCAUCCAUGAACGCGACCAGAAUGACCAUACUGCACUACUAUCAGCUGCUUCGGCCUACAAUAUUGAUUUGCCUGCUUCUGCACAAGAGGGACUACCUGAACCUGCGGAAAGCGAGGCAAUCAUAAAUCUGCUAUUAGACCGAGGCGCCUCAGCGUCUGAUGUGUCAUACGGGGACGGAAAACUUCACAACACAGUCCUGACUUUGGCUGCGGAGUGGGCAGGCUCACGGUUGCUCAAAAGGCUCACCGACUAUGGUGCCAAUAUUCACACCAAGGUGACAAUAGAUCGAUGGGAGGACAAAUUUUGGAAUAUACCUGACAGCAAUUUCGAAGUCAACGCACUAUAUGUUGCCUGCACUCAUGGCAACUUCGAAGCUGUCAAGACUUUGAUUGAUUGUCGAGGUGCUGAUGUGGAUAUUCUGGAUGUUCUUUGGCAACGAGACAGCCGUGGAAGUCUUCCUCUCCAUUGGGUGGCUCUAGGUUCUCUCUGCUAG